GUGUUUCCGAUUCGAGCCUUGCCUCAGUCGGCCAUACAAAACUGGCUUUGUCCUCACAAAAGAGCUCACAAGUCCAGUGUACCUUCAAGCACGUCCUUCCUUGGCCCCCAUGACAACAGAACACACUUCAUCCGCUUGCCCGACCCACUUUGGGCCAGUCGUCCUGGCGUCCCACAACCGCUCUCAUUGGUCAACCUCGGCACCCAAAUCAACAUGAUCCCUUCGCGGAUACCCCCAAGUCGGUCACCAACCUACCCCUUUCGCCGGACAACACCACCACCGCACAACUACCGACAUUUUCUAGUUGAAGUUUGUCCUUUCUCUGCUGCAUGCUGUACACCCGAAUGA